UUUGGAUAUCCAUUGGAUACCUUUUUCUGUUGUUUAACAACACGCGCUGGAAGAUAAAGAACAAGUCUUAGGAAGACGAAAUGGCUUGCUGUGUCGCUGUCGGCUGCUGUAAUCGAUCAGACAGAAAAGACUUGUCAUUUUACCGCUUUCCUAAAGACCCAGAGAGGAGGACUUUAUGGGUGCAAGCAGUGUGCCGCCGAAACUGGAAUCCCACCGACUACUCCAGAAUAUGCAGUAAACAUUUCAUCUCGGGACAAAAAAGCAACAACCCUCUGUCUCCGGAUUAUGUACCCUCUCUUUUUGCGCAUACCCCAACCGCUGAAAGGAGAGUCAUAAAAAGAGAUGCAAGCUACAGCGAGGAACCUACGAAGAAGAGUCGCACCAAAUCUAAUCAGACUGAAAUAAUAAGUGCUGCAACUGCACUGCUGGAUCUUUCUGGGACUGGACCAAACAGUGGGACAGCGGAUGACAAUGGGGAAGACGUUGACCUGUACAACGAAGAGGUUUGUCAAGCAGAUCUGCCUGGGGAAGAGGAAGAAGAAACGGGUGUGGAAGCUCAGACUGACCUGAGCGGUGCAGAUGUCGACACUUUGACAUCCGCAGUUCAAAAGUUGACUUCAGAAAAACAACUGCUGACUGAUCAGCUAAAGAUCAUGGACCUCUCUGAGGAAUCGUUUAAAGAUAAUGAUGAAAAAACAAAGGUUUACACAGGUUUACCGACAUUUGUCUCAUUUAUGACCAUCAUGGAUUUGAUCAUGCCUUGUUUACGGAAACCAAACUCGGCCUUAUCGCCAUUUCACAAAUGCUUAUUGACAUUAAUGAAGCUAAGACUUAAUGUCAGUAUGCUAUACCUAUCAUAUGUUUUCAGAGUUCACUACAGCACAGUUGCAAAAACAUUUUCUGACGUGAUCACCUUUUUAAAUAUCAAAUUAGUUCCUUCUACUGUAUUUUGGCCAGAAAGAGAUCAGAUAAAAAGUACAAUGCCCCAACUUUUUAAAGCUACAUAUCCUGAUUGUGUUUCGAUACUGGACUGUUUUGAGGUAUUAACUGAAGGACCUUCAUACCUUGAAACCAAAACCAUAAACAGUUCACAUUAUAAAAGUCACAAUACAAUGAAGUAUUUAAUUUCAGUAACGCCACAAGGUUUCAUUAAUUUUAUAUCCAAAGGAUGGGCUGGCCGUACGUCCGAUCGGCUGGUAACGGAGAGCUGUGGCUACCUGAACAAUCUUGCUCCAGGAGAUGCUGUUCUUGCAAACAAAGGGUUUAAUAUUGAAGAUAUUGUUGCACUACGUGGUGCGAGGUUGAUAGUUCCUGUCAUCACAAAAGGUGUCAAACAGCUGCCGCAUGGGGAAAUCACAGAAGGUAAAAAACUUUUAUCAGUUAGAAUAAAUAUGGACCGAGCUCUGGGCAACCUAAUGCAAAAAUACCCAAUUUUACGGAGCACCUUUCCUAUCAAGUUCUUACUCACGGAUCAAGCGGCAAAGAUGUCAACGCUUGAUAAAAUUAUGAGAGUCACUUGUGGCCUCUGCAAUAUAUGUAACUCUGUGAUGCCAUGUAAUUAGAUUGACCCCAGAAACUCCUCCACUUUGUAGAUUUUCCAAGCUGGUACUUGGCAAAGGGUACUUUAGGUAUGUUACAUCUCAAUGAUCCCUGCAUCACAGUGAUGUGAACAUACCUGUCAAGUUUUGGGCUUGAGAAAACGGGAAAUGUCGCCGUCCGAGACUAAUUAUGUAGACUGACAUAACAGCGUAUUAUUAUUUACGGGAAAAUAAUAAUAUGGGAGCACGGCAGGAAAGGGCGAUUAAAAACGCCAGUUUCUCGGCCAAAACGGGAGACUUGACAGGUGUGGAUGUGAACAUAUUCAUACAUUUUUGAAUUUUUUCACAUUUGAAUCAAGCUGGAACCACAAAUAUUAAUUUAUGUCACAGUUUUUUUUUUUUUUUUCUUUCCUUCGUACUGAGGCGAAAGUGGGUCAGGAGGUAGGAGUUUGGUUGCAACCGAUAGGAUGCAGGUUCAAAUCCCUUCUCCAUUUGUGUCAGCCAUUUUCUGCAGCUACAACGAAGCUCACCACCAUCAGUGAGUGACUGAAUGUUGUGUAAAGUGUUUUGUGGUCUUCUGGAUUAGAUAAAGUGCUAUAUAAUUAUGCGUCAUUUACCAUUCAGUCUUUGGGGCUUGCACUGUGCUCAGGUCACAGCCAAUAGAGAUGGGACAUCUUAAGCAGCUGGUCGUUGUGGAAACAGAUCUCCUGCUCAUGCUGCUCUUCACAUCACAGAAUAAUAUAAUUUUUCUCCCUUGUUUUCUCCUUUACUCUCUUUCUCACCAUUCCAGGUUUAGUUAGGUCUAUUCCUGAUUGAGGCUCAUAUUUUAAGAACUUGUGCCUGUUUUAUCCUGCACCUUGUUAAUGAACAAAGCACAGUUUCAUCUGUUUUUCUUUUCAGGGUUUCUUACAGUAAAUGCCUCACUCUGCUUGAAAGCAAACAUAGUCACUGUUUUUAUCAGCUGGAUCAUCCAUAUUUGCCAAACUUGGACAAUUUGCUCUUCACUUAGGAAUCAGAGUCAGCUCUAUUGGCCAGGAUUGUGUGCAGACACAAGUAAUUUGUACAUUUUGAAGGAUAUAUUGUGUUCCACUGAGGCCUGAACAAUUUAGCAAUAAAAAUCAUAAUGUCUUUUUACUUUGACUUUAUUAAUGUAGGUUUGGAGCUUGGGUACUGUAUUAAAAUGUAGAAUUUUCCCAUUUUUUUCAUGUAUGUAAAUAAACAGUAUUUUUAACAUUCUUUUGUUUUCUUUUUUUGUAACUGUUGCAGGCCUAUUCCUCUAUCGGUGGAUCAUCUUAAUUGAGCACUGCUUCCAUAAAUAUAAAUCUUAUUUGUAUUUGAUCUCGGAUUCAUUGCUUUGAGAAGUUAAACUUUUUGUUGUCUUAGCUGAAAUUGAAAAAAAUAAAUAAAUAAUU